AUGAAUGAUUUCCAUGGAAGCACAAUCCCAAAUUUCAUCGGUUCACUUGAGAAAUUGAGUUAUCUCAGACUUUCUCAAUCAAAUAUCGGUGGAAUGGUUCCACCUCAUCUUGGAAAUGUGUCAAACUUGCAAUAUCUUGACCUCUCUGCAUUUGUUUUUUACUACAAUAUUUGGGCAUCAGAUUUAAACUGGCUUGUUUGCCUAUCUUCUUUGAAGUAUCUUAAUCUUGGUGGUGUGAACCUGACUGAAGCAGCAGAUUGGUUGCAUUCAGUUAAUAGCAUGUCAUCUUUGUCUGAGUUACAAUUGUUUGAUUGUUAA